CGCAAAUGCAAUUCUUACGUUUCACUAGAAAUGGCCGAUCAUGGACGCCUAAAAAUUUGUUUACUUUUAUUUUGUGUUAUAUCACUCCAACAUGUCAUUAAUGCAGAUAUUAUAGCUGCCGAAAUUGAAGCAAUUGUUCCUACCAGUACAGAAUCUCAAAGGGAUGCGUCAGGAUCCCCAAUUUUUGUCGCAGAAGCUUCGCAAAAGAUUUUAUUAGUUGGUCGGAAUUUUUCCGCUGAUUCGACCGUAGCGUUUACAUCAAGGGCGGCUGAGAAGGGAACUCAUUGUGAAAAACAUGGACAGUUAACAUCCAUGUAUAGUGUGGAAAACUCAUCAGAAACAACAAAUCAUAGAGGUAUCCUUAAAGUAACAUUUGAUAAGAUAACCCCUGAAGGAGAGUAUCUUUACCUUUGUGUAAAAGAAAGAAUUGGUGAGGAUAUCUCUUGGAUACAUCAGGGAAAUGAUCCUUACUUGAGGUUUACCAUUUCAAAGGCAUUAACUACCUUUCUACCCUUAUGGCUUCAGAUUAUUUUUAUUGUUGGACUGCUUUGUCUCUCGGGGCUUUUCAGUGGAUUGAACCUGGGGUUGAUGGCAUUGGAUAAAACUGAACUGAAAAUCAUUGAAAGUUGUGGAAAACCAAAUGAGAAGAAAUAUGCAAAAGUGAUAUCACCUCUCCGGAAACGUGGAAAUUUUUUACUGUGUACAUUACUGCUAGGAAAUGUGCUUGUUAACAACAGUUUAACCAUUUUACUUGAUAAUGUCAGCAAUGGACUUAUUGCUGUUAUUGCAGCUACAGCUUUCAUUGUUAUAUUCGGUGAAAUUAUUCCGCAGGCCUUAUGUUCUCGUCAUGGGUUAGCUGUUGGAGCUAAGACAAGAUUUAUAACAUAUUUUUUCAUGAUCCUAACCUUUCCGCUUUCAUUUCCUAUUAGCUUGUUGCUAGAUAAGAUUCUUGGAGAAGAAAUUGGUCAAGUAUACAACAGAGAAAAGCUUCAGGAGUUGAUUCGUGUGACUAAAGAUUUCAGUGCUUUAGAUGAAGAUGAAGUAAACAUUAUAUCUGGGGCAUUGUCAUUGACUAAGAAAACUGUCAAAGAUAUAAUGACACGUAUUGAUGAUGUUUUUGUUCUAGAUUAUAAUGAUAUUCUGAACUUUGAAACUAUGUCAGAAAUUAUGAAGAGAGGUUACAGUAGAAUUCCUGUAUAUGAAAAUGAAAAGAGUAACAUUGUUGCUUUACUGAACAUAAAAGACUUGGCUUUGAUUGAUCCAGAUGACAACACUCCUUUAAAGACAAUCUGCAAGUUUUAUCAGCACCAUCUGAUCUUUGUUUUUGAUGACCAUAAGCUUGACCAGAUGUUGCAAGACUUUCGUCAAGGUCAUUCCCACAUGGCGAUUAUACGACGGGUGAACAACGAGGGGGACGGGGAUCCGUAUUACGAGACACUUGGUGUUGUUACACUGGAAGACGUAAUCGAGGAAAUAAUUCAGUCGGAGAUCAUUGAUGAAACUGACACUCUAACGGACAAUAUCAAGAAAGCCCCUAGGAAGUUACCGCGCCAGGACUUCAGUGUGUUUAACCAGCCCGAUGAUGACAACAAACAUAUUCUGUCACCUCAACUAACGGUGGCUGCCUUCCAGUUUCUGUCUACAUUGGAACCUUUCCUGUCCAAGUAUAUAUCAGAGACUGUACUAAGGAAACUGAUCAAACAGAAUAUAGUGGUGGAACUCAACCCAAAUAAUGAUGAGAACAACUGUAUCAUUAGAGAAGGUGUACCAUGUGAUUACUUUGUUCUUGUCCUGCAAGGCCAUGUGGAGGUAUUCAUUGGAAGAGAAAAUUUGGUAUUCCAGGGUGGACCAUUUUCUUAUUAUGGAGUGAAGGCCUUGAACAUUAGUGAGAAGGUAUUGUCCCCAUCCUCGUGCACAGACAGUAUGUACGUGAAACAUGAACAGUACAUCCCGGACUUCACGUUGAAGGCUACAGAGAGCCUUCUUUUCCUGCGAAUCACACGCCCGCAAUAUAUCGUAGCGCGCCGAGCUACAAUGAUGGGUCUGUCCAAGCAAAAUACCAUGAAAGAUGACGAGGCAUUCACUAAGGAAUGGACGCAUCUGUCCAAAAUUAACCAGUGUAACAACGCGAAAAACGCGUUCCCGGCCGAUGUCCAUCAUUCCAGUGAUAACAAGUUGGAGGAUGCAAAGAAUGAGGAUAACUUAAAUCAUUCUUUCUCCAGUAAAAGUAGCAUCGGUGUGAUGAAAAGAACCGAUAGUAAAGAUUCUGGCUGGAAUUUUUCGACUUCGGAGAAACCGGUCGAUACGUCAGAAAGUGACUUGGAGCAAGUUGAAAUUAUGCUUAAAGAAUCGAAGAAGGAGAAAAGUGACUCGAAAAGUGAAAAUUCUAGUUUAGAUAGAAAUCUUGAGAGUGCAGAUCAUGAAAGAACUAGAAAUGGUGGUCAAAGAAACGCAGCUGAUGUGAUUGUUAAUAUGAACGUGUCAAAGCAGUGUGAUACUUCUAGAGACCACGAUGACGAGUACACGUCGGGGGAGUUCACUCCGUUGGUAGACAGAAAAUCUAAGCAGAAUCAUGCAAGUGGAGAUUCUUGAUAAAUAUCAAAUUUCGUCGAAAUAUGUACUGGUAGAAUGUGUUGAACUGGUAGCAGUUGUUGAUUGAUGUAGAACUUGUUGAUUUUUGGAAAUUGAAUGUUAUCGUUAGGUAUCUAUUUUAACAAAAUGCUGCUAGAUUUUUAUGGUUGCAUAUUGUGGUUUAAUUUUUUUUCUUAGGACAUAGUUUAUGUUUAAUGUGCAUUCAGAUUUUUUUUUAUGCUGCAUGUUUGUUAUAUUAGUAUCAAAAAGUAUUUAUCAUUUAUCAUCAUUCUAUGUUUUAAAAACAGGUGUUUAAAAAUAGAAAAGCAAUACAAAUUCAGGAAUUUGUCGAUGGUUACUAUGAAUUUUUUGUGUUUUAGUUUUGUUAAAAAUUUUGUAGAUUUUAAUAGAUUAUAGUUUUGAAAAGUUUAAAGUAUUUAAUUUUGAAAUUUG